AUGAUGAGAAAGAAAGAAGGGUACGAGCGGCGCAGGAUCGAGCAGCAUGGCAUGGACGCAAUGGAGGAGGAAAACGAUGCCUGCAUCGUUGAUUUAGAGUCCAAGCUGAGCUUGGCCAUGCGCGAUGAGGUUCAGGAGUCAAACAGUCUCCUCGAGGGCAUGGCUGGCGGCCUAGAUGGAGUGCGGAAUUCGAUUCGUGCCUCAAUCAAGCGAAUGGAAAACCUCUGGAAUCAAAGAGGAGGCUGGCACACUUGCUACCUAGCUCUAUUCGUCAUUUUUGUAUUCAUGAUCUUCUACUUCCUAUACGGCAAAUCAACCUAG